ACUCUCCUGAGGGGAAUGGUGUGCCCCGCAGGGCGCGCGCUGCUCCCGCGCUUUGGCCGUUCUGAGAGGGAGGGGGGAAAAGAGGAGGAGGAGGAGGAGGAGGAGGGAGGGAGGGAGGAGGGGGGAACCGGACCCCGAUUCGUAAAGACUCCGCCGGGACCGGACUAUCCGGGCCGUAUAAGCCGGGGGCGAAGUCGGGGUGCGCGCGGGCCGAAGUGGGCCUCGCUGGGGGGGUGGGGGGUGGGUGGGGUUGGGGUGGGUGCCAUCGUUGAUUCUUCCGGAUCCAGGGAAGCCAGUCGAGCCGCCGGGAUCAUGUCGGACGAGGAGUUGAAAGUUCCCGAGGAAAUGUUCAAAGAGGUCAAAUUUUACGCGGUGGGAGACAUCGAUCCCAAGGUUAUCCAGUUUUUGAAAGCUGGAAAAGCUAAGGAAGUUUCCUAUAAUGCACUAGCUUCACAUAUAAUUUCAGAAGAUGGGGACAAUCCAGAGGUUGGAGAAGCUCGUGAAGUCUUUGAUCUCCCUGUAGUAAAACCUUCCUGGGUGAUUUUAUCUGUUCGGUGUGGAGCUCUUCUGCCAGUGAAUGGUUUUUCUCCAGAAUCUUGUCAGAUCUUUUUUGGAGUCACUGCCUGUCUUUCUCAGAUUUCAUCUGAAGACCGAAGUGCGCUGUGGGCUUUGAUUACAUUUUAUGGGGGGGAUUGCCAGCUGAGCCUCAAUAAGAAGUGUACUCAUUUGAUUGUACCAGAACCAAAGGGGGAAAAAUAUGAAUGUGCUCUUAAACGAGAAAGCAUUAAAAUUGUGACACCAGACUGGGUCCUGGAUUCAAUAUCUGAUAAAACUAAAAAGGACGAAGCUUUUUAUCAUCCUCGUCUAAUUAUUUAUGAAGAAGAAGAGGAAGAAGAAGAGGAGGAGGAGGAGGAGGAUGAAGUUGAAAAUGAAGAACAGGAUUCUCAAAAUGAAGGCAGUACAGAUGAAAAGUUGUCAAGUCCUGCAAGUUCUCAAGAAGGAUCAACAUUAGGUGAUCAACCAUUUUCACCUAAAUCAAACACUGAAAAAUCUAAAGAGGAAUUGAUGUUUGAUGAUUCCUCAGACUCCUCACCUGAAAAACAAGAGAGAAAUUUGAAUUGGACCCCAGCUGAAGUCCCACAAAUAGCUGCAGCAAAACGCAGACUGCCUCAGGGAAAGGAGUCUGGUUUAAUUAAUUUAUGUGCCAAUGUCCCACCAGUUCCAAGCAACAUUUUGCCUCCAGAUGUCCGAAGUAAUUUAAUGGCUUCAGGACAAGGUCUCCAAAGCUCUGAAAGACCUGAAAUGAUGGCUACUUGGAGUCCAGCUGUACGGACAUUGAGAAAUAUUACUAAUAGUGCUGAUAUUCAGCAGAUUAACCGACCAUCAAAUGUAGCACAUAUCUUACAGUCUCUUUCAGCACCUACAAAAAAUUUAGAACAGCAGGUAAAUCAUAGUCAACAGGGACAUGCAAAUGCCGUGUUGUUUAGUCAAGUAAAACUAGCUCCAGAGGCACAUUUGUUGCAACAGCAACAUCAAAUACAGCAACAGCAGCAGCAGCAUCAGACACAGCAGCAGCAGCAGCAUCAGACACAGCAGCAGCAGCAUCACCCGAUUUUACAUCUUCAACCUCAGCAGCUGAUGCAACUUCAGCAGCAGCAACAACCACCACAGAUUUCCCAACAACCUUAUCCUCAACAACAGCCUCAUCAAUUUUCACAACCACAGCAGCAAGUCCAUCAGCAGCAUCAAUUUCCACAGCAACAGCUACCUUUUCCACAGCAACAGUUACAUCCUCAGCAGCAGAUUCAUCGACCUCAGCAACAACUACAGCAGUUCCAGCAACAGCAUGCCCUUCAGCAACAGCUCCAUCAGCUGCAGCAGCAGCAGCUGCAGCAGCAACAGUUAGCACAGCUCCAACAGCAAAAUCUACAACAGCAGCAGCAGCAGCAGCAGCAGCAGCAGAUACAGCAACAACAGCAGCAGCAGCAAUUACAACAGCAGCAGUUACAGCAGCAGCAGUUACGUCUGCACCAACAUCAGCAGCAACAGCAACAAAUGCAAAAUCAAACAGCACAACAUUUGAGUCAGACAUCACAAGCCCUACAGCAACAGGUUCCACCUCAGCAACCACAACAUCACCACCAGCAGCAGCAGCAGCAACAGCAACAGCAACAACAGCAGCAGCAGCAGCAGCAGCAGCAGCAGCUGUCACAACAUCAUCAGCUCUUUGGACAUGAUCCAGCAGUGGAGAUUCCAGAAGAUGGUUUCUUAUUGGGAUGUGUAUUUGCAAUUGCUGAUUAUCCAGAGCAGAUGUCUGAUAAACAGCUGUUGGCAACCUGGAAAAGGAUAAUACAAGCACAUGGUGGCUCUGUGGAUCCUACAUUUACAAGUAGAUGUACACAUCUUCUUUGUGAAAGUCAAGUCAGUAGUAUGUAUGCACAGGCGCUGAGAGAAAGAAAAAGAUGUGUUACUGCACAUUGGUUAAAUACGGUCUUAAAAAAGAAGAAAAUGGUACCACCUCAUCGAGCCCUUCAUUUUCCAGUGGCAUUUCCACCAGGAGGAAAACCAUGUUCUCAACAUAUUAUUUCAGUGACUGGAUUUGUUGAUGGUGACAGAGAUGACCUAAAAUUAAUGGCUUACCUGGCAGGUGCCAAAUAUACAGGUUAUUUAUGCCGUAGCAAUACAGUGCUUAUUUGUAAAGAGCCAAGUGGUUUAAAAUAUGAAAAGGCCAAAGAGUGGAGGAUACCAUGUGUGAAUGCCCAGUGGCUUUGUGACAUACUUCUUGGGAACUUUGACGCUUUACGUCAGGUGCAGUGUAGCCGCUACACAAUGUUCAACCUGCAGGAUCCAUUUGCUCCUACUCAACAUUUAGUUUUAAAUCUUUUGGAUGCAUGGAGAAUUCCAUUAAAGGUGUCAGCAGAGCUACUAAUGGGUAUGAGGUUACCUUCUAAACUGAAACAAAAUGAAGUAACUAACAUCCAGCCUUCUUCCAAAAGAGCCAGAAUUGAAGACAUCCCGCCUCCCACUAAAAAGUUAACACCAGAAUUGACACCUUUUGUGCUUUUCACUGGAUUUGAGCCUGUCCAAGUUCAGCAGUACAUUAAGAAACUCUAUAUUCUUGGGGGUGAGGUAGCUGAGUCUGCACAGAAAUGCACACAUCUUAUUGCCAGCAAAGUGACCCGCACUGUAAAGUUCCUGACAGCAAUUUCUGUAGUAAAGCAUAUAGUAACUCCAGAAUGGUUAGAAGAAUGUUUCAAAUGCCAGAAAUUUGUUGAUGAACAGAACUUCAUGCUUCGAGAUGCUGAAGCUGAAGUGCUCUUCUGUUUCAGUUUGGAGGAGUCUUUAAAGAGAGCACAUGUCACACCACUUUUCAAGGCAAAGUAUUUUUAUAUUACUCCUGGAAUUUGUCCUAGUCUUUCAACCAUGAAAGCUAUUGUGGAAUGUGCAGGAGGAAAAGUAUUAUCUAAGCAGCCAUCUUUCCGAAAACUCAUGGAACAUAAGCAAAAUAAGAGUUUGUCAGAAAUAAUUUUAAUAUCCUGUGAGAAUGAUCUUCACUUAUGUCGAGAAUAUUUUGCAAGAGGAAUAGAUGUUCAUAAUGCAGAAUUUGUUCUUACUGGAGUACUUACGCAGACACUGGACUAUGAAUCAUAUAAAUUUACUUGAUGGUAUCUGAAAUGUGAUCUUUCUUCAGAGCCCUCGGAGCACAAAAUCUGGCUGUUGUAGUUAUUGGAUAAAAUUAACCAGUGCUUCCUGCAGAUGCUCUUGUUUUCCAGUUGCUUUCUUUAGGUGGCAAGCCAUUUGAAGCAGGAAAACAAAAUACCUGCAUCUUAUUAAGAUGUGUAAUUUUAUUCUGAGAAAACAUAAAUUAUUAUGUUUUGUAUUAUAUGAAUUUAAGAGCCCACAUUAGGUUUUAUGAUUCCUUUGCCAGUUUUUAAAAUGUUUUAUAUAACUGGUAUAGAACUUCAACCAAAAGUAAAAUAUGGGUGUAAAUAAGGGCCUUGCUAUCUCUUUAAAUUAUGGAUGUUGAAAAAUUAAAAUGUUUUGUACUUUGAUUAUUUUUAUUUCUUAUACUGUUUUCUUUUAUAUUGAUAUCUUGCUCAAGUUUUAAAUAAAUGUAAUUU